AAUUAAAAUUAAAAUGAUAAUUUGAACGGCAGUGGGAGUGUGAAGCGAGAAGAGGCUAAUAAGAUUAGAUUGGAUAAGAAGUCAUUCAUUUCAUUCAUUCGUUCAGUGAAACAAAGAAAAGAGAAAUGGCGGGUUGUACAAUAUCACUUGGAAGUGGAACCGCCUUCGCCUUCGCUGCCGUCCGCUCAACCAACACUCACAGACCUUCUUCACCCUCACUCCAAUUAGGGUUCCUCAAUUCUCAGUUAAGCGGCCUCAAAAUCUCCUCCCAGACUUCACUCAAUUUGCCCACACGCAUUGUUGCUUCCCCAUUUCAACCAAUUGUUGCUCGGAGAGUGUGUCCCUUUACUGGAAAGAAAGCAAACAGGGCUAACAAAGUAUCUUUUUCAAACCAUAAGACAAAGAAACUUCAGUUUGUAAACCUCCAGUACAAGAGAGUUUGGUGGGAAGCUGGGAAGCGUUAUGUAAAGCUUCGUCUGUCAACUAAGGCAUUGAAGACCAUAGAGAAGAAUGGACUUGAUGCAGUAGCCAAAAAGGCUGGAAUUGAUCUUCGUAAGAAAUAGGAGUACCUUAUUGUGAUUGUAAUUGAGUAAAAGGAUAAAUCCAUGUUUCAUUAAUUUUUCUUGUAGAAUUUCUUUUCUUAAUGUAUUUUUUUGUGACUAGGGUUUGAUUCUGGCUACGAUCAAAAGCAACCUAGUUAUGUAGAAACAAAAAUUGUGAAUUUGUGACAUGAAUCUCACGAAUGAUAAAGAGUUUGAUUCGGAUGAAA